AUGCAGUGUUCCGCGACCCGCGCCACCCCGAAGGUAUACUUCCACGAAAAGUUCCUGAACGAGUCCUGGGAGUCACGUUGGGUCCAUUCUGAGCAGACAGGCAGCGUGGCGUCGUUCGAGUGGUCGGCCGGGCAAUGGUUUGCCAACGAAUCCGAGCAGCGAGGCUUGAGGACAGCAGCCGCCCUCCAGCAUCAUGCCAUCUCUGCGAAGCUGUCUCAAAAUUUCUCCAACCGAGGCCGCGAUCUGGUGCUGCAGUUCACGGUCAAACAUGAGAAUGAGGAUCUAUCAUUUUGCGGAGGUGGCUACAUCAAGCUGAUGGGCAGUGACCUCCACCAAAAGUCUUUUGGGCCUGACUCGCCCUACAAGAUCAUGUUCGGCCCGGACAUUUGUGGAUUUGAGACGUCUGUGGUGCACCUGGUUCUCAACUGGAAGGGAAAGAACCUGCGCAGAUCUCCUGAGAUUUCCCUUGGGUAUGAUGACCGGGACUCCUUUACGCAUAUCUUCACUUUUCACUUGAAGCCUGACAACACGUACAGCGUCUUUAUAGACAUGAAGGAAAAGUCCUCGGGAGAAUUGCAUGCCUUCUGGCCUUUUCCCAACAAGACGAUCGACGAUCCGACCGACCGAAAACCGGAGGAUUGGGUUGAGACGCGACGCAUUGUGGAUCCUGAUGUGCAGAAACCAGAAAGCUGGGUGGAUGAGCAGCGCGUGCCGGACAGCACGGCAUGGAAACCUUUGGAAUGGGACGACGAGGAGGACGGGCUGUUCGAGCCGCCCUUCAUUGACAACCCGCUUUAUCAGGGGCCAUGGUUUCCUGCUAUGGUGGACAACCCAUCUUUUCGUGGUCAGUGGAGGCCUCGGCAGCGUGGAAACCCUGAGUAUGAGGAGGAAGUGUACUCCUACACUGACCUCGGGGCGGUUGGCUUCGACCUCUGGACGGUUCACGAGGGCUCCGUUUUCGACAACAUCCUCCUCUGUGAUUCGUUGGACUUUGCCAAGUCGGAAGCGACAAGACUACAGGAGCUCUUCUCCAAGGAGAAGGAAGCCCGCCGCAAGUGGAAGCAGCUGGCUGGGGAUCAGGAGGUUCCUGCAAACGACGCCGAGCUUCCCGAAGCAGGUGUUUGGGGUAUGGAGAAUGUGAGAAGGGACCUCGAGCCGCUGUCCAGCUGGGAAAAUAAGCUGGUCAACGAUGCCCUCAGAGAUCCGCAGCCUGCAGCUUUCACGAACCUGCUCCACCGCUCGGAGACAGUUUGGCCUUGCGCUCUCCAAGCAAGCUCCACUGGCGGAGCCACAAAGACGUUCAUCAGCUCGUUUGCCGACAGAACCAUCGGAGUCGAGACGGUCCGAAAGCUGAAGUGCUCUGCAUGUCAGGAGCGCCAGAAGCGCGAGAGAGAGGAGAAGCGUGCCGCCGAGGAAGCUCGCCGAAGAGAGGACGAGGAACGUACGCAACCCAGUUCAGAGAUUGAUUCCGGCGCCGCAGGUCGCGAGCGAGCAGAAGAAAAGCGUCGAGAGCGUGCCAGCAAGCCCAGACUGAUGAUGCAUGUUCAAUGGGCCUUGGGCUUGAGUCACGAGUGCAACUCGAACACGCAGAGGAGCGCGAGAUUGAAGAGAGGGAAGCCAAAGAGCGCGAGGCCGCGGCGGCAAACCGACGUGCAGGGGGCGGCGGUGGAGGUGCUGCUGGAGGUGACAGCUGGCGACGACCCGGAGCGGGAGGAGGUGGCGAGGUUAGCAGUUCCCGGGACGAUUGGCGCAAGAGAGGAGAGCCAGCCGAGGACGGCCCGCGCCGCCCAGCUGGUGGCAAUGCUGGUGGAAGGAAUCCGCAAAGCCGUGCCGACGAGGACAAUUGGCGCCGGCCCAAUGCAGAUGAACCUCGAGGAGAUGCCAGGGGAGAUGCCGCCCCUGAACGCAAGGAGCCGUGGCGACCCUCCCGCUCCAAGGGCGAGGGCCGUGACGGAGAAAACCCAGGCCCAUGGCGACCUUCACGCAAGGGCGAGGGCCGUGAGGAGCGGGAGGAGCCAAGAGCCGCUGCAGGCGGAAAGGGCAGUGGCGGCCGUGGCGGCGAUGAUGAUGCAGGCAGCUGGCGCCGACCGGCUGGAGGGCGCAGCGAGAACGCCGACAGCUGGCGACGCGACGACGCUCCGAGAAGGCAGGGGUCGCAGCGCGAGGAGGAUGCUGGAUUUCGCCGUUCUGAUUCUCGCCGAGAGGAGAAGCCCGCUGACGAAGGCCCUCGCCGAGCUCCACCUCGCGAGGAAGCACGUGCGCCCGCGCGAGAGGCUGCACACCUUGUGUGCUUUGAUGCGUUCCGAUAUGGUUUGCUACAGUCACAAGCGCAUCUCUUCUGACUCCUUACGUUCCGCAGCAGGGCUCGAAGUACAGAGGGCCCGGGCCCCGAGCCUCACGCCGCCCCCUGCAGCGGCUGUGGCCCUGUCUCUCAUGGCGGGGGUGAUCGCCCAGCUGCCUGGUGGCACCUCUCAUUUCGUCCCAGUGGAGCCGUCGCUUCUCGGGGGCCCCUUGGAAACCGCAGAGCUUCUUCGGCACUUCCUUGACGCAGAGCUUUUUGCGAGGAGGUCGGCCACCUCCAGCGACGAUGACGAGGAGGGGCUGGUGUCGGCAUUCGGCCGUCUCGACCUCGAGGAAUCCAUCGAAGUGGAGGAGUACCGCGUUCUUUACCAGGGUCGGGAUCUGGAGUGCGAGAAGACGGCCGCGCAAUUUCUGGAGUCUCUCGAAGAUGGACGGCCUUGCUUCGUGCGAAUUGCGUUUCGUCUUCUGGGUGGCAAGGGCGGCUUCGGGUCCUUGCUGCGGUCACAAAAGGGAGGCAAGAAGACGACGAACUUUGAUGCCAUGCGCGACCUAAACGGCCGAAGGGUUCGGCAUGUGAAAGCAGUCGAAAGAAUCAAGGAGUGGCUGGAGAAAAAGAAGAGA